CAUCUAUUUCGUUCCACGCAUCUCUAUCCCUACCCGUCGAAAAUUCAACGCUCCAACUCUCCGCCGUCCAUCCUCCCACGGCAGCCCAGAUCCAACGCCUGUAGCUUGCGCCAACUCAUCGAUCCGCGCUCCACCCAUCUCCACCAAUCCCCUUCCAUCGUGCUCCUCUACAAAAGCUCCCCUCCCCAUCAAUCAAUCCCCCAUUUCACGCCAAGAAAAGCCUCCUCCUGAGUCUCGAACCAACCGCAUCGUCCCCCGUCUCCUUCCCCCUUCGUCCCCGACAUCCCCGACCCGAUGGCGCCCAAGGCCGAGAAGAAGCCAGCGGAGAAGAAGCCGGCCGCCGAGGAGAAGGCGGAGAAGGCGCCCGCAGGAAAGAAGCCCAAGGCCGAGAAGCGCCUGCCCGCCUCCAAGUCCUCCGGUAAGGAGGGCGGCGAGAAGAAGGGGAAGAAGAAGGCCAAGAAGAGCGUGGAGACCUACAAAAUCUACAUCUUCAAGGUGCUGAAGCAGGUGCACCCCGACAUCGGCAUCUCCUCCAAGGCCAUGUCCAUCAUGAACUCCUUCAUCAAUGACAUCUUCGAGAAGCUCGCCGGCGAGGCCGCCAAGCUCGCGCGGUACAACAAGAAGCCCACCAUCACCUCCCGCGAGAUCCAAACCUCCGUGCGCCUCGUCCUCCCCGGAGAGCUCGCCAAGCACGCCGUCUCCGAGGGAACCAAGGCCGUCACCAAGUUCACCAGCAACUGAGCGACCUGCAGCGUCCACGGAUUUGUUAGGUCUCCCUUUCUAGGAGGGUUCUUCGUUGUGUCCUCUCCUCCUCCCUCCCCCUAUGUAUGUGCUCUGAAAUCGUUGAUGUUCUCCUCGGGAACAAAGACUAAUAGCUAGCUUCCCUGCUUUAUAAAUCGUGCCGGAUUGUAAUGCCUCUCUUAGAUUUGCUGCCCCCGUUGUGGAAUAUAGUUGUAUCGGUGCCUUCUCCGCUUGCUAAAUCUCUUCCGCUCUGGUAUUUGGGGAUCUAAGAUUUUUACCGGAGAGUGGAGAAUUGAGACCAUCAUGGAUUACCGAUGAAGAUCUGAGGUCACGAGGUCGAAGGGUCUCAGGUUCUUCAGCACGGAGAUAUUUGUGAGCAAUCAACUGUGUAUUGAAGCCA